AUGUCUGCGAUCCAUUCCAUCAAUUCCGAGUUCAUUGGUGAGAGCCAGUUUCGCGGAUUUGGCCGUCAAUUUGAAAAGAGCUAUACCAUCCCACAAGCGAAAGGGAGUACUGGCCAUCAUCGCAUCAUUUACUACCAGCUGGGCAGUCUCAACUUUCUCGUCCGCCAUGAAGUAGACGGCUACGUGAAGGACGACGGGGACCAGCAGAAUUUCAUCACUUCGGCAUGGGAGUUACUGAAUCUUUCUCAAAGUAAGCCCCUCAAAGAGAAAAGAUUUUCCUCCUCCAUACUCAGGAUCCAGCAUUUCGGAGAGCCCGUGACGCGAGAAUCAACCUUGGAAAUCAAGACUCGCGCUGCUAAGAAGCCGCUUGACCUUGAGAAAGUGAUUCCUCGGCUGUGGAUCUCGCAGACGCCAAAACCGGUUCGUGCACACCAUCACGGAGGAAAAUUUACAUCCCCCGAGGUCGAAGAUGUCACCAUUCAGAUUCAAGACUGGGAGCGGCGUCGUCAAGGUGAAUUAACCUUCUUGUCAACUUGA